CUUGUCAGCUGUCACUCUCAUUUUCAUCUUCGUCUUCAUCCUUAAACCCUAAACCUCUGUAUCAAAUCAACAAACCGUAAAUUCCGCCAUUUGUUCUCUCUCAGCAAAUCUCAAAACGACAAAAUGCAAUUCUUCGAUCUCAACAUUCCAUACCUAGAAUCCGAUAAAUCAAUCCCAGAAAAAUCCUCUAAAAAGCAAACUCGUCUUAAAUUAAUCGUCAAAGCAAUGGAAUUAGGGUAUUCUGGAAUCGCGUACAAUCGUUCCAUUAAAGGUAUAAUGUCCGAAUCUGAUCGUUGUACAAUUUCUCCAUUUCCUCUCUCUUCUCUUCUCCAUCAUUCUCCUUAUCUCUCUUCAACUGUUUCAUUUCAUCGUCGUCUACUUGGCGUUGCCGAAAAAUCCUCGUUUCGACAGUAUACUCGUUUAACAAUGUCGGUUGAAACCUCUGCUCAAGCUUCGGCGUUGAAUUCUGGUAAUCCGAUUCUCAAGACUUAUGAUUUGGUCGCUGUUAAGCCUUUGAAUCAAAAUUUGUUUGAUAUUGCUUGUCAAUCGUCGCAGGUUGAUUUGAUUUCGAUUGAUUUUUCUCAGAAGCUGCCGUUUCGCAUGAAGCUUCCUAUGGUUAAAGCUGCUAUAGCGCGAGGAGUUUACUUUGAGAUUAUGUACUCGAGUCUUUUGCUAGAUGUUCAAGUGAGACGGCAAAUGAUUGCGAAUGCUAAGUUGUUGGUCGAGUGGACUCGAGGCAAGAAUUUGAUUGUAUCUAGUUCUGCUCCUUCUGUGCUUGAGCUCAGAGGUCCAAACGAUGUAGCUAAUCUAGUGUCUUUGAUUGGGCUUUCAAACGAUUUUGCAAAAGCUACAAUAUCGAAGAACUGCAGAUUGCUCAUAGCCAAUGCUUUAAGGAAAAAACAGUUUUACAAAGAAGCAAUCAGAAUUGAAGAGAUGCCACCUGGAACACAAACUGAUCCCAAGGCACCCUGGAUAGUUGAUGAUAUGGAUUGGGAUCCAUUAUCUAGUGGUGAAGGUGAUUUGCUUUUAGAUGAUAUGGAAAAGGCAUUUGCUCAGUCAGCGAAAGUUCCCCAAUCUGUUCAGGGUAUUGAUGUUAUUAGCCAAGUUGAUGGUGCACAAAUACAUGGUUUACAAGUAAAUCAAGUAGCUUCUAGAACUGAGGGAAAAUUACAUGUUUCUGGUAAUUCUACAAACAUUUUUUCAAGUUCCAAGGAUAUUGAGUUGCCGAAAAGGACGAGCAAGCCUCAGGAUGAUAUUACUUUUUUGUGCAGAGGUCUAAUGGAUCAACAGGGCAAGUCAGGUGAAGAUUCUUUAAGGGCAGUUCUCACUGUGUCUCCGUUGGCAUCCGAUAAUGUUGAGGAUUUUAGUGUUUUUUCCGCAAAGCCCCUGCAGGAGUUGACGAACAUGGAUGUGUUGGAGAAUGCGUCGUCACCAGCUAGAUUAUGUGAAGUUGAGUUUCAGAAUCAUGUUAGUAUUGGUGCAAAUAAUGUGUUGUCUUGUGAUAGUUUGAAGGAAUUAGCCUCUGAAGAUAAUGGAUCGGUUAAGGGACCUAUUUCUGGUUUAGUAAAUGAAGUCCUAAAAAAUUCUGAGGAUCGCAACUGUUAUGUGAUACAUACUGAUAUUCCAAAGCUAUUGUCUGGUGUAUUGGAUGGGGAAGAUGCUGAGAUAUCAACUGAAAUGCAAUUUUGUGAUCAAUCAGAUUCAUCAAUCUUUCCUAAUCUUUCUUUGGGUGUCAGUCUACAAGAACUAAAGGAAGAUCUUGUAGCUGAUAAAAAAUCUACCAUGCAUACUGAAAAUGUGAUGAACUUGGUUUUUUCUAUUGAGAAGAAUAGUAAUGAUGGAAUGGUGGAAGGAAUGAAAGAGCAGAAUGUAGAAAAAAUUGAAGUCAAAACCGAUACAAAAGAACUUAUACAUGCCAAUACUAUGAUGCUGGUGGAACCACUGCUAAAGGGAACAGAUAGCCAUGGUCCUUUAGUUGCCAAAUCCAUGCUUUCUGAUACAAUGAUGACAAAAUGUAGUAACCAAGUACAAGAGAUUGGUAAAUUUGAGGAUCAAUCUUUGGGUGAACAAAGAUUAGGUAACCGUAAGAUAAAGCGCUGGGUUACUGGCCAAGUUAUUAGGUUUCCUUUUAAGCGGUUGUUACAAGUUCAAUUUAAAAAGAAAGGGAGAAUUCUUACAUACAAGACCAAGAAGAGGUUUGCUGCGAUCAAAAGCGGGUAACUCUGCAUGUAGUUAUUUCUACCUGAUCAAGGAGAACUCGCAAGUUACCUGCCUUGAAAUAGCUAAUUGCAAUAACCUUGAAAGAAAACUUUUUGGGUGAUUCUUUGGCGAAAGGUGAGAAUUUGAAUCCCUAGGUGACACAAUGCAGGCUUUAGUUAUUCCAUAAUUAACUGUGUUUUUAUAUUAUACUAUCUUCAUUUAAAGUGCAAGUUCCUAGGUCUUUGCUUUGCUAGCUAAUAGUGGUGCCUCUCAUGUGCUAACUACAUGCUGAUGUAUUUUUCUAGCGUGGGCAUAGACAUACAAGUACCUGGAAGUAUAAUGGCGAACAUUAUUAAUAUACCGGGGUCAUGUAGGUUGCGGCUCCAUGUCUAUCUAAGCAGUAUGCCCAAUGCCGAUGCUCUUUAUGGAACCAAAUUGGAUGAAAGGGAGUUCAGAAGAUGGAUCCACUGCCCUUCAUCCUCAUCAUCUUCUUCACCUGCUACUUGAUUCCAUUUGACUUGAACAAUUACCUGAUCCAAAUCGCCUGUGCUAAAGACCCGUCUCACCGGGCCAAUUUCAAGGUCAAGAAGGCUAGCAGCUGUUGAAACAGGCAGUUGAAACCCGUUUUUUUGGAGGGAGUGGCUACUAAGGCUCC